GCUCCAGAAGAAGCCGAAGCCGGCAGCGUCCGAAAUCAAAACACUCCCAUCAGCUGUGCAGUAGAAAUUUCCGAGAACUUUUGGAAGGUUCUUAUAUUGAAUUUGCAGCCGUUCGGCUAAUUUUUGCGAAUUGCAUAGUCAGUUUUCGCUUCGGUUGUUCUCGGCGUUCGCCUUUAAUGCGACAACUGCUUUCAUUGGCAACCUGCAUCAACUACUUUGUCGUCCCGAAUUUGAUUCUUCGAGCAACCAUGGCCUGGCGAUCUCACGGCACGUCCAACGCUGAACUCGUUGCGAACCUGAAAGGACACGGUAUCAUUACGAGCUCCAAAGUGGAAGAUGCGAUGCUGAGGACUGACCGGGGCAAAUACUCGGAGAGCAGCCCUUACUUGGACGCUCCACAGGGCAUCGGCUACGGAGUCACCAUCAGUGCGCCGCACAUGCACGCGCAUGCUUUGGAAAUCCUGAAGGACCACUUGAAGGAAGGAAACAAAGCGUUGGACGUCGGCUCUGGAAGUGGCUACCUGACCGUCUGCAUGGCCCUCAUGGUUGGAGAGAGUGGAAAGGCAGUUGGCAUUGACCACAUCAAAGAGCUGGUGGACAAGUCGGUCCGCAACGUCGAGGAGGACAAACCCGAACUUUUGAGCAGCGGACGAGUCAAGCUUGUUGUUGGCGACGGAAGGAAAGGAUACAAGGUGGAAGCUCCUUACAAUGCAAUCCACGUUGGAGCUGCUGCGCCGAAGGUGCCUGUCGAGUUGAUUGAGCAAUUAGCUCCUGGUGGCCGAAUGGUGAUUCCGGUUGGUCCAGAGGGAUGGGACCAGGAGUUGCAGCAAAUUGACAAAGGCCUGGACGGCACCGUGACCAAGAAGACGCUCAUGGGGGUCAUGUACGUGCCCCUCACCGACAAAGACGACCAGUGGCCUUACCCGAGAAGGAUUGUCGCGGCCAUGCAAAGGGCAGUGCGAAAAAAGCAGAUGCAAAAAAAUGUCGCCGGCCAAAAUUCCAACCAAGAUUGUUGAGAUUCUGGACGAUCUCUAAAUGCAGUGCCUGUUCCUUUAUUACUGAUGAUGAUUGUGUCAGGUGCUGUGGGAUUUGCUGAGAUUGGACUUCACACCCCAGCACAAAACACCCUAUCUAUUCCUAAUAAAAAUCUCAUCUGACAACGAAGACUUGUUAAAACUUGCAUGACACCGAUUCGUGGUGUUUCCUUUGUACUUCAAAUUUGAUGCUACUGAGCAUAGCAAUAGAAAAAAAGACUGCCAACAUCACUAAUUACUAUAGCAUUGGUCAUUGAAUUUCUUCAGCACUGAUUCGUUUUAGCUUUAUCUGCUAAUUUUCUCAAAUAAUUUGUUCAUCAGAUUUAGAGAAUUGGCAAUUUGAUGUGCAUUCACAGCUUAAUUGUUCAAUAAAAUGAUGAUCAUUCAUCAAGAUCAAUAUUAA